AUGGAGUCGAUGACGGGACAUACGAUCGUCGUGACGGGCGGCGGCAGCGGCAUCGGCCUUGCGCUCGCCUCGCGUCUUCUUGGCCUCGGCAACACGGUCAUCAUCGUCGGUCGACGUGCUGCCAAGCUCGCCGAGGCGAAGGCAGCCCAUCCCGGCUUGCACACAGUUGUCGGCGACGUCGAGACAGCAGCCCAGCGCGAAACGCUCUUUGCGACGCUCAUUGCAUCGUUCCCAGCGCUCAAUGUAUUUGUGCACAAUGCAGGCGUCCAGCGGACCUUGAACCUCAAGGGCGGCGUGUCGCCCAGCUGGGAUGAGCUGGCCAGCGAGAUCAACAUCAACUACGCCGGCGUCGUCCAUCUCUCGAUGCUCUUGAUCCCGCAUCUGGUCGCCAAGCCGUUCAGCGCGCUCAUCACGGUGACAAGUGGCAUCGCGUUCGCGCCAAUUGCAUCAGUGCCGAUCUACUCGAGCACGAAAGCGGCGCUGCACUCGUUCACGUGGUCGCUGCGCCACCAGCUCGCCGACACGUCGGUUCGCGUCAUUGAGAUCAUCCCGCCCGAGGUGGACACGGAGCUCGAAGCACCGGGACUUCACACCAACGGCAUCAGCGUCGAUGUCUUUGCCGACAGCGUCCUCGCGCGCCUCAGCGCUGGCGAGACCGAGAUCGGCUUUGGCAUGUCCGAAAGCGGCUGCCUCGCGUUCCGGGCGGCGUUUGAGCUUGUGUUCGAAAGCAUGAACAAGGACAUUUGUUUGCCGACACCGUCCGCGCAGUAGGUCCAUUAUCGACGGCGACAACUAACGCUACCCAGCGGAAUGAGAUGUAAUACCGCGUCGAGUGUGUGUGCCUGGCGACGACCUCGU